UUUUUUUCGACCUUUUUACUGCGUUUUGGAUGCGUUCUUGAAGAAACGCAUGGCACUGUCUAUAUGGAAGUCGUACUUGAGGUGCUGAAGGAAGGACAGGAACUUUUAAGUCAAGUUUAAUGUGACUGAAUUGUACAUAAUUAAAAGUUGAUGAAAAAUAAAGUUUAACAAGCGAAAGGUAUAUCAUCAGCUUGUUUGUUUGUUUGUUUUUUUUUGUAAAUUAAACUAGCAUUAAAAAAUUUAGAUAAGUUAGAUUAUGUUGUAACGGAGUUGCUUCUCAGGAAAAAGAAAUAAAGUGUGACCAACACAAUGCCGCUUCACCAUGGUAUUUUUUCUUUAAACCAAUAAUAAAUAACUUAAAAAGUUUUAUUUCAGGAACAUCGGACGUCGUCUUGUAAAUCUUUUUUUUCCUCGAACACGAUCACCUCGAAGACGUCUUUUUGGGCGCGCCCUCUGAAGACUGAAUGCAUGUGACGUAUGCUCUCUAGAAGCUCACUUGGAAGUUUUUUUUCUGGCUGCGUUCCUGAAGAAACGCACAUCGACGCUGAUUACGACUAGAAAACUACUCAAAGUUCUAAAGGUAAGACAGAUAUCUGUUGAUGCUCUAACUGUUAGAUUAUCUAUUUGGGUUUCAGAUUUAGUGCUUGAAGUUAGCGUUCGACAGCAGCAUCUCAGAGGUCUAGAUGAAUGAAACGGAACGUGAGUACCUUAAAUCUGAUUGUGCUGAUAUGGACCUAUCCUCGGAUGAUAGUAAAAUUUAUUCGUUCAAGCCUCAGUGGGAUUCAAACCUACGACAUUUGUUUAUUUACUGGUGCUCCUAGUGUACCAAAGAAUGCAAUGAUUUUCAAGACUUGAGAUUCUACAUGAUGCUGACAGAAUUCGAAUCUGUUUGAUGAUAGCUGACAGUAGUCUAGCAGACAAUUCCAAGGUCUUUUAAAGGAAAUGGAGUUGGCGAUUGGUUUCCAAGUGCGCAAAAAAGGCAGUGUUUUGAUGUUAUUGAUUCCGUUUUUAAGAAAUAUUUUAUUUAGGUCGAAGACGUCCAGCAGUGAUAUGACCCAUCAGCGGUGAUGUGCAACCUGUAAGUACCAGAAUAUAGAAACUGACCCUUCGUCUUCAAGAGGAUAAACAAGCUUACCCAAACAGGGUCGUUUAAGAACAGAGUUUUGAAGUCAGUUGUGCUCCUACUGCAUCAAAAGUCGUAACUUUAUAGGUAAAUACUAUUUUUCCACAGGGAUUCCAACCCAUGAACGUUGUUUCAUCAGUACGCAAAUCGAUAUGAAAUGUUACUGAGAUUCAAUCGCCAGAGUGUCUGAAAGCAGCUGUAUAGUUUAAAGUUCAUUUUCAACUGCCAUUUUAAAACUGUUGCUUUGAUAAUCUGUUUCAAGAAGCUUUUUAUUCAGGUCUGUGCAAUUCCAGAAGUUGUUUCCAACACUCAGUCUUAGCUGGCCCAUUGGCAUUGAGAUUUAAACACUUGACCCUAGCUACCAGCUCCGAGGUAAGUACUGGAAAGGUACAAUAAGUUUACGAAAGAAUUCUAAAAGGAAAUGAAAUAAAGCCUUUGAUUAUCAUUUCAAGCCAUGACUUUCACUCAAAUAGUCAUCGUAUUCGAAGCUCUACAGAGAUAAUUUAAUGUCACGUUAAAAUGGAAAUACAAAUCCAAGUGGUCAUAUCAGAAACAGCGGUUUGGCUACCGCGUAGAUAGACCAAAACUCAAAGGAGGAGCAUCCAAGGAUUAAAAGUUAAAUUAGUGACAGAAUAACCUUGUUUAAAAACAUGGGUAAACGUUUUCUUGCAUUCUUAAUCCAUGUUCUUGAGAAACUUUGCAUUUAGGUCAGAAAAUUGCUGAUUGAAGUCAGCGACCGGAAAAGCAACCCGGAAGUCUCGUCUCUUAACUACAGUUUUACAUAAAAAGUGAUUUGAACGAACCACCUUGCAGAUCACAGGUAGGUACAGAAACCAUAACACGUUCAACCCAACCUUGCCAAAAAAAAUACCAAAAACAAUACCAGGAAAGAAAACUGAUGAUAAAAGAACUCACUAUGCGCAUUUACUCAAGUUGUGAACUUACAGAGCAUUAUUAAAAUGGCAUAUUGUAAAAUAGACGGCAGGAGGAGGCUAUGCUGGCUACAUGUAGCUGUCAAUUGAACUGCCUGGAGACAAAUCGUAACUAUUAUUUGAAGGUCCUUAUAUUAAAAUACUCAGUCUUCUCCUUCGUCAAUGGAUUUCUCAUGAUCCGUGAACUUUGCUCAACUGUGAGGUUACUUCAAGCAAAUACAAGGUGUUAAUGGGAUUCAAACCUACGCCUACUUAACUAAGAUGAUCGAAAUAUGUAAUAGGCUCUUAGUUGCUAAAUAAGCUAAAUAUAUAUCUCGUUCUUGAGAUCUAUUUUGUGUACAGAUCCAGAAGAUUUCAGAUCUCGCGCCUCGUCAGGCCUGCAGUCAGUGACUUGAAAAUUAUGUGGAAGGAGCCUGUUUAACUCGACAGAGGCAAGUACAAUCUUUCUCUAGUUUACUCAUGACUGACUACUCAUGACUGCGCAUGCGUCUGACGAAGCAAAGUCACGAGAAGAGGGCAAGAUAAAUGACUGUCACCUAUUGCAUUGAUUAUGAUAAUUAUCUUGCUGAUGACAAUAACGAUGAUCAGAACGACGACGAUAAUGGUGAUGAUAAUGUCAAACGACAACGAUGAUGGUGAAUGUCAAACAGACGUCCGAUGAGGUUCGUUUUGCAUUCAUUUCUAUUUUCUCCCCCGCGAACGAUUAUUCACGGACGUCUGCGGGGAGGCUAUGUCAUUAUUCAAUGGGUCAAAACGUACAUUGAGUUAUUUAGACGAUAUCCAAACGCACCUAUUUCAACUAAAUCCAUAGCACUUUAAUUGACACAACAGCAAAGACAAAAGCGACUUGAGUUCUCCCGAUAAUUCAGAUCGUCGAGGCGUUCUUCUCGGAGGAUUUUUUAAGGCCAGUAGGGAUAACAUUUGAAAUAAUAAAAUGCGGCUGGACUAAUUGGAAUCACGAAAUUAAAGAAAAGAAGAAGGUCAAAAGAGGAAAUAAAUGUAGGACAAUGGAGCAAAAAUGAAUUUUAAAAAUGAAAAAUGAAUAAAAGAAAAAAUAUAUAGAUAAAUCAUGAUAAAAUAAUAAAUACUAAAAUAUCCUAUAAUAUUGAAACUAAAUAUAAAUCCAAAUGAAUAAUUAGUAAUAGGGAUAUUAAUAAUGAUCACGAUAAUGAUUAUAAUAAUAGAAAAGGAUUCAACAAGCAGCUGCAACAAACAAACUAGACUGAUUUUUGAAAACGUAACUAAGCAGUCACGUUUCAAAAAUCCAGCUAGAAAUAGUAACGUUUUUCCUUUCCUAUUACAAUCAUUAUUUGUGAUCAUUAUUAUUAUUAUUAGAAAUGUUUUUUAUUAACUCUAUUUAUUAACUAUUAUUUUAAAUUUUUUACAUCCUUUAAAUUUAUUUAUUUAUUAUUUACUAUUAUUUUAAAGCAAGUUUAUUCUUGUUGCAUUCUCUAAAUUUAUUUACUUUUUUGACCUUCUUUUCUCUUUGUUCUUUUGCGCGCAAGUCAUUAUUUUCAAGAUUUAUCCCUAUUGACCUGUAUUAUUUAUUUCUAAGUUUUAAACAAUUGUGUCAAAUUUCCAACUGUGCUGCUUUCAUACUAUGUAACCACGACUUGACUAUCGGAAAUAUCGGAAAACGCAAUAUAGCUUUUGUCUUUGCUGUUCUGUUAUUACAGCUGACUAAACGCAAGCACCCAAUGAAGGAGUUGGGGGAGGGAUACUAAGCUUUGAUAAUAAGUUCAGUUAAGCGUGUGAUCUUGACUUUGUCUUGAGUGAUUUAGGAGCAGUGAACGUCGACAAGCUAAGCAGCCUGAUGUGGCAUCGCGAUGUGAAGAGGCCUUGACGACUGAUGCCUAUUACAUUGAUGAUGACGAUGAUGAUGAUGAUGAUGAUGAUGAUGAUGAUGAUGACAACGAUUGCUGCAGAUGCUGA